AUGUUUAAUAAGGACCCUCCGUACAAGCGGAAGGCAUUUGCAUCUCUGAACAAUCUACGAUUUAGAAGCAAAAAGCUCAGACAGCUCAGGCCCUCGGACAAUCUGCAGAAACAGCCCGCUACAAAGAUCGCCAUACCACGCAGCAUAGAUUUAGACACUAGGGAACAGCCUGCUCCAGAAAAGGAAGAUGAAGGAGUACAUUUGGCAGUGCGACGCGUGAAGCUGUUCAAAUCUGCGGCAAAGUCGCCCAGCACUGUGUCAGAGCACAUCUGGUUCAACUGCCAAAAUCGCCGUCUGACUAUCUACAGUCUGCAACACACGAACGAUGUGUAUGUAUCCGUGCCGUUUCCGGAUAUCAGGUUUGUGGAUAUAUGCUCCAAUCCAGACAGCUCAUAUCAUUUUGUCGUGACGCUCAGAUCAAGCAUCACAGGAACGCUUCGCAACGAGAGCGUACGGAUAGACAAAUUAUGGGUGUUCCUCAGUUUGAACGACGAGGAGCCCUACAACAAGCUCAUGCGAAAUUUUGAGGACCACCUGGUAUGCAACUAUCUCACCGCUUCGGACAUGAACAAUUACUAUUUGAAAAGCGAGUCAGAUCGAGAACCCAAAACUGGCAACCAUCAAACAAAGCUUCCUGAGACUCCUCCCGCAAACUUUUACGGACCAGCAAAAACGUUCACCUCUGAUUUGGAGCCAGGAAAUAUCCUCAACACAACUCGUACACGUUCAUUGCGUUUAUCACUGACAGAUAGUAUAGACGAUCCGUUGGAGUAUGAUGCCGAAAUUCAGGAUGAAGACAUCUCGCGCGACGAGCAGAUUGUGUUUGAUCCACCUCUGAAAUACAGGUUUGCGUCCAAAAAGUCUAUCAUCGUGUCUAACAAAGACUUCAACUCGCUAUACAACGGCAAUUGGGUGAAUGACUCGAUUGUGGAUUUUUUCCUACAGUACAAUUUGCAGCAGGCACGAGAAGCAGGCUCUCUGGGCAGCGCGCGAGUCGAGCUGUUCAACUCUUUUUUCUAUACCAAGUUGACGAUGUGCAGUUCCGAUAACGACUACUACUCAAACGUUAGAACGUGGUUCAAGUCAAAUGACAGUUUAUUUGAUAAUGAUUACAUUGUGAUUCCAAUAAUGACAGAUUUGCACUGGUUUUUUGUUGUCAUUACUAACCUACCACGUCUUCGCAGAUACAAUGAAACCAACGAGCCAGAGCCUAUGGAUGGGCUGUUGGUCAAUAAGAAAAAACCGUUAGCAAGCAUAUUUGUGCUAGACUCUCUCCAGAAAGCUCAUCCCAACAUCGCAGUUCCAAUAAAAAGUUUUCUAGUGGAGUAUGCCAGAGACAAAUACCAUUUAGAUAUCCCGAUAGGACAAAUUCGCAAGUACAGUUGCAACAUCCCGCAGCAAAAGAAUUUCAACGACUGUGGGUUGCAUGUUAUUUAUAAUUGCAAAAAAUUCUUUGACAGUCCGGAGGAGUUCAGGGCUAAGAUCCUCACAGAGCACCGCCGCAAAAAGUCCACUGCUUCACUUUCCACCAAGCUUUUCGAUGAGGGGGAGCGCAAAGUCAUUAGGAUGCAGCUACGCGAGGUUCUGCUCAAGCUACUCAAAGAGCAAGUCGAAGCCAAUGGUGGAGACAGCUCGGUCAUUGGUACCGAAACCUACGGAACACUACGAGCCAAAGGGAUCAGAGAACCUUCGGCAGGGGCCGAAGCGCAUAGUGCUGAUGAAGUCCCGGAUGAUGAGGUCAUGAUAGUGGAUGAAAUUUCCAAUGAAAUGGCUCCCGAGACAGAGCAGCAGUCUGCGUGCGUGGAGUCAUCUCAGCAACGAAACAUAUCUCUGUCGUCUGAGGACCCAGAAGCAGAGGCUAAAACCAAGUCACCGCAGUCCUCACCAGUCACCGAGAUUCACCACAAAGAGCUGGAUAAUUCGCCGAAACAAUCGAAAAAUGAAAAUGAUGUAACAUCCUGCACCCAGCCUGGCAACAAAUUACAGCAACAGAAGGUGUCGAUGAUUUUGGAGGAUAAUGGGUCUGUAAAGGAGGUGAUUGAGUUUUCUGAGGAUAAACGAAGAGGCGGAAAGGGAAAACGGAGAAGCCUGGACCAUCAGUCCGGGGUGACGAUUGAAGAGACCUCUGAGGAGCCAGUAACCAUUGGUAAAACCUCUGACCCUGAUGAGGACCGAGCUAUUUUUUUGUCUAAUCCUAAGGCCUCGAUCAAGUUUGCUGGAAGGACCUACCACACGCAAAGGGCACGAAAAGGGAAAUAG